UUUCUGCGAGAGGAAGACGACGACGCGAGCGCGCUCCCCGCCGCGGCACCGCGAGUGUCGGUCCCCCUUCCCGCAGCCCUCCGCCCUCCUCUAGGCCAGCCCGCCCUCUCUGACCUCGGUGACCCUGCUGGCCCCGCCCACCCUCUCGACGUGGUUCCCGCCGUGGGGGAAGUAUUUGAUGACGCCUCACCUGGAAAGCAGAAAGAAAUCCAAGAACCAGACCCUACCUAUGAAGAGAAAAUGCAAACCGACCGAGCAAAUAGAUUUGAGUAUUUAUUAAAGCAGACAGAGUUGUUUGCACAUUUCAUUCAGCCUGCUGCUCAGAAGACUCCAACCUCACCUUUAAAGAUGAAGCCAGGGCGCCCACGAAUAAAGAAGGAUGAGAAACAGAACUUACUCUCAGUUGGCGACUAUCGACACCGUAGGACGGAGCAAGAGGAGGAUGAAGAAUUACUAACAGAAAGCUCCAAAGCAACCAAUGUGUGCACUCGAUUUGAAGAUUCUCCCUCAUAUGUCAAAUGGGGUAAACUAAGAGAUUAUCAGGUCCGAGGAUUGAAUUGGCUUAUUUCUUUGUAUGAGAACGGCAUCAAUGGUAUCCUUGCAGAUGAAAUGGGUCUGGGGAAGACUCUUCAAACCAUUUCUCUGCUUGGAUACAUGAAACACUAUAGAAACAUUCCUGGUCCUCAUAUGGUUUUGGUUCCUAAGUCUACAUUACACAACUGGAUGAGUGAAUUCAAGAGAUGGGUACCAACACUUAGAUCUGUUUGUUUGAUAGGAGAUAAAGAACAAAGAGCUGCUUUUGUACGGGAUGUUUUAUUACCAGGAGAAUGGGAUGUGUGUGUGACAUCUUACGAGAUGCUUAUUAAGGAGAAGUCUGUGUUCAAAAAAUUUAACUGGAGAUACUUGGUUAUAGAUGAAGCUCAUAGGAUCAAAAAUGAAAAAUCUAAGCUGUCAGAAAUAGUGCGGGAAUUCAAGACCACAAAUCGGCUGUUACUCACUGGAACACCUCUGCAGAAUAACUUACAUGAGCUGUGGUCACUUCUGAAUUUUUUGUUACCAGAUGUGUUUAAUUCAGCUGAUGACUUUGAUUCCUGGUUUGAUACCAACAACUGCCUUGGGGAUCAGAAGCUAGUUGAGAGGCUUCAUAUGGUUUUGCGUCCAUUUCUUCUUCGUCGAAUUAAGGCUGAUGUGGAAAAGAGUUUGCCUCCAAAGAAGGAAGUCAAAAUCUACGUAGGUCUCAGCAAAAUGCAGAGGGAAUGGUAUACUCGGAUAUUAAUGAAGGAUAUAGACAUACUAAACUCAGCAGGAAAGAUGGAUAAAAUGAGGUUAUUGAAUAUCCUAAUGCAGUUGAGGAAGUGCUGUAAUCACCCAUACCUCUUUGAUGGAGCAGAACCUGGUCCACCUUACACAACAGAUAUGCAUCUGGUUACCAACAGUGGCAAAAUGGUGGUACUAGACAAGUUGCUCCCCAAAUUAAAAGAACAAGCUACACUGGAGACUGUGAUUGGGAGGUUGAUAUCUGAAGUCUAUCAAGGCAGAAUGGACCGAGCUCACAGAAUUGGACAGACGAAGACAGUCAGAGUGUUCCGCUUUAUAACAGAUAACACAGUGGAAGAAAGAAUAGUGGAACGUGCCGAGAUGAAACUCAGACUGGACUCAAUAGUUAUUCAGCAAGGGAGGCUUGUAGAUCAGAAUCUGAACAAAAUUGGGAAAGAUGAAAUGCUUCAAAUGAUACGACAUGGAGCCACUCAUGUAUUUGCCUCAAAGGAGAGUGAAAUCACUGACGAGGACAUCGAUGGCAUUCUGGAAAGAGGUGCAAAGAAGACUGCAGAAAUGAAUGAAAAGCUCUCCAAGAUGGGUGAAAGCUCCCUUAGGAACUUCACAAUGGACACUGAGUCAAGUGUUUAUAACUUUGAAGGGGAAGACUACAGAGAAAAACAAAAGAUUGCAUUCACAGAGUGGAUUGAACCUCCUAAGCGAGAGAGGAAGGCGAACUACGCUGUCGAUGCCUACUUCAGGGAAGCGCUUCGAGUCAGUGAACCGAAAGCACCCAAGGCUCCUAGACCUCCAAAACAACCCAAUGUUCAGGAUUUCCAGUUCUUUCCCCCCCGUUUAUUUGAAUUAUUGGAAAAAGAAAUUCUGUAUUACAGAAAAACUAUUGGGUACAAGGUACCUCGAAGUCCUGACCUACCUAAUGCAGCCCAGGCCCAGAAGGAAGAACAGCUCAAAAUCGAUGAGGCAGAACCACUUAAUGAUGAAGAAUUAGAAGAAAAAGAGAAGCUUUUGACACAGGGAUUUACUAAUUGGAAUAAGAGAGAUUUUAACCAGUUUAUCAAAGCCAAUGAGAAGUGGGGCCGUGAUGAUAUUGAAAACAUAGCCAGAGAAGUGGAAGGGAAAACUCCAGAAGAAGUCAUUGAAUACUCAGCUGUGUUCUGGGAAAGAUGCAAUGAGCUCCAGGACAUAGAGAAGAUCAUGGCUCAGAUAGAGAGGGGAGAGGCAAGAAUCCAAAGAAGAAUAAGUAUCAAAAAAGCACUUGAUACAAAGAUUGGCCGGUACAAAGCACCUUUUCAUCAGCUGAGAAUAUCGUAUGGCACUAACAAAGGGAAAAACUACACUGAAGAGGAGGAUCGAUUUCUCAUCUGCAUGCUUCACAAACUCGGAUUUGACAAGGAAAAUGUUUAUGAUGAAUUGCGACAGUGUAUUCGAAACUCCCCUCAGUUCAGAUUUGAUUGGUUUCUUAAGUCCAGAACUGCAAUGGAACUACAGAGGAGGUGUAAUACCCUAAUUACCUUGAUUGAAAGAGAAAACAUGGAACUAGAAGAGAAAGAGAAGGCAGAGAAAAAGAAACGUGGACCAAAGCCUACAACACAGAAACGUAAGAUGGAUGGAGCACCUGAUGGUCGAGGGAGGAAAAAGAAGCUGAAACUAUGAAUGCGUAUUUGUUUCAUAAUCACUAACUUUAAACUAGUAGUUCUUUAAUUUACGGGUCUUCAUAAGAUGUACUGUACAAUGCUGAAUUGUUAUGUCAUUCAAAGACAUCAGGUUCAUCUGUUUACUGAGCUAGAAACGUAGUAUGUAGUUUCACUUUUUUAAAUGCAACAGCUGUGCUGAAAAUUUUUUUAUCAUUAACUUGAAGUAAUAAAAUAGGCUUCAUUUAUUAAUAAAUGUUUCAUUUGAUUUAUUUUUCUAUUACAGUUCCAUUUGUGAAGUUUGUGGUUUUUUGUUAUCAGCUAUGAUUUCUACACUUGUGUGGCUUAAAACCAAGCAAACAAGUAACGACAUUGCAGAUAGCGCUUGUCCCUUUGCCCCUCCUCACUUAGUGGUGGAAUUGCUUUAACUCCCUUUGCCUUUGCAGAAAUGUUGGUAUUUUCUUUGUAAUGUUGUUGAGUCUCAUCAAAAGAUCAUGUAAACUCCAUUCUCCUUGCUUCUUGUAGAACAGGGGGAAAGACAAGCAAAUGAUCAUUUCUGUGCAUAUAUCUGUUGCGCUUUCUUUCUUUUCUGUAGUUGGCUCUGGAGUAAAGAUGCCCUCCUCUGUUGGACGGAUGGCCUUUUAGUUGUAUAGCCAAAGACAUUUAGUAUUACACCAUUUUGUAAAAGGAAUAUUUUUUUUUAAGUAUUUGGUAAAUAUUUUGACAAAUGAUCUUCCCACACAGCCACAACUUAGAAAGAUAAUGUCAGAACUAAGGUGAUUUUUUUUUUAUUUUGAAAGAAUCAGCCAAACUAAGGUAUGACCUUACCAUACUGUUAAAAUUGGUAACAGAAUGUAUCCCCUCCCAGUUGAUAGUAUUUUUGAGUUUUUAGGGUAAAUGCAAAUUUUAUUUUAUUAUAUUUUAACAUAAUUUCUAAGUGUUAGCAGGAUUGAGUAUAGUUCUAGUUUUUAUUUCUAUGGAACAGACUUGAUGAACUGGAGACCCUGAAGCAGGAAUACCCAAAUUGUAGUGUCAGGAUUUUAGCUGUACCAGAGGCCUUUAUGUGCUACACAUAAUUUGUAUAAAGUUUUAUAUGUGCAAAUUGGGUACAUAAACAGUUCUCCAUUUUUCUAAGGGAAUGCAAUAAAUGUAGCAUCGUGAAUAAAUAUAACUUUUAUAAUCCUUAA